AGAACGUCCAAGGGAGAGCAACAAAAAAGGAGAAAGCGGACCCGGUGGUUUGGGUUGCCGCCCGCCUGCCCGCCUCCACCGACCCGAAGUGGAGGGAAAAAGUAUUGUGUUCUGCCAGGCACAUGGCGCCCGGCGCUAUGCUAUGCCGUGUGGUUGGCUGUCCGUUCCCAACACCUGGGCUCUGUAUCGUGUACAUUACAUUACCUUUUGGGAAGAGAGUUGGUCCGGCACCUUUUCGGAUUCUGCUAGCUGGCGUUGCAAUAGGUAACCACCACCACGGUCGACCGACGGUGGAGUCAGCAAUCAAUGCUCCGUCCUCCAUUCUCCAUUCUCCAUCCCCUUCCCGCACCCAAAGCAAGGAAAGCCCGUUGGCAAUAAGACGUCCCAGGGGCGCUAAAUACAGGGCCGCAAAGCUCGAUCAUAAUACAACGUUGGCCGUGUUCGGCAUGCAUUGUGUGGAGAUGAUCAAUAGAGCCAAGAUUAUUACUCUGCACAGAGAGAUGAUGCCAUGGCAGCCGCAGUCGCCGUCGGCCAGUUGCAACUUUGUAAUGACGGCAUGCAGAUGCUCGGCGCGUCGGUUGGUCCAGGCUCUCGGGACAAUAACCUUAGCCCUCGACUCAACGCAACGCCCUCUCCAGGCGCGAGAAUCCUGCGCUCGGGAGGCUCCGAGGGGCGAGGUAGGACGAGGAGAGCAUGAUGAUGACAUGAUGCGGUCAAUCUUUCGUUCGCUCUUUUGAUGCUGCCUUGGUCGUAUUGUUGCUUGCGUAUUGUUGCCCGUAUUCCGCCGUCAGUCUCUCGGAUUCGAUUCGAUGCACAUGGAGUGGGCAAGACACCGCCAGAGCGCGGCCACUCACACCAGAGUCCAGACCUACGACGGAUACACGUAUAGCAUGGAUGGACCCGACGCCUAUCUGAGCCUCUGGUUAUCGCAUCGCCUCUCUGCAAGAUAUAGGCUAACAACCAAGUUCAUAGCGAUCAGCAACGAGGUGGGGUAGAGC